UUUUAUUGCGGGGGCUAGUUUACUUCCUGCCACUCUGGCUGCUGCAUGUGACUUCACUAAUGGACAACCUGGGUGUCGGUGCCGUGUUCUGGGGAGGAGCAGUGUCUUCUGGCAGCGGAGCUCGUCGUGUGUCGACGAUAAUUGUCUCAAGAAGUUGGACCGAAGUACGCACUGCGUCUGCAGCCCGGAAUGGAGGCUUUACUGAGCGCCUGUGGACGGACAGGAGUCCCAUGUCUUCUAUUACUGUGCCUCUUUAUCUGGAAGGCAGCAGCUGACUGUCCUAAACCUCAGGGAACGGAAAGUAUCGUCCUAACCGAUGAUUCACUUCUACUAAAUGCCUUUCCAGUGGGCACUGUUGUCACGUUAGAGUGUGCCUAUGGAUAUGAAAAAGAAGGUGGCUCAGAGACAAUAACCUGCACUAAUGGGGAUUGGACUGAACUAAAGCUUACAUGCAAAAAGAUGGACUGUGGCCCCCCUCAACCUCAACCAAAUAUGAGCUUUAAUACCAACGCCGGUACCCUGUUUGGUGCUGUAGCAAGAGUUAUUUGUGAUAAAGGAUACCAGAUAUUUGGAUCAAGCUACAAAACGUGCUAUCCCACAGGGUGGAGUGGAAAAGCCAGGUGUGAAAUUGUAACAUGUGCAAAACCAGCAGAAGUGGCCAAUGGAAAAAGCUCAUGGGCUUCUAAUGAUGACCCAAAAUAUAGAGAAACCAUAAAGUUCUCCUGUAAUGAAGGAUACACCCUGGUGGGGAACGAUACCAUUGUGUGCAGUGAAACUGGUGAUUACGAUUCACUGCCUCCUCAGUGCCAAGGUGUGACAACGGAAGAUAGAAUUGCAACGAAAAUGGUUACACCAACUCCUACACCCACAACGCAAGAAGUGUCCAGCUCUACAGAUACAUCCUCCACACCCACAGCUCACAGCAGCUCUACAGAUUCAUCCUCCACACCCACAGCUCACAGAAAUAAAACUAUCACAACACCAGCUGUCUCAGCUUCUGCACCAGGUGGGAGAGAUAUUUUGACAGCUGGGAAUAAAAGUAUUACAACUGUACCAACACCAUCUUCAAUUCGAGAAAAGGUCGAUGGUGCACUGGAUGCCAACAAGCAUACUGAUUAUACACCUGUUAUAAUCAGUGUGAUAGGCGUUUCAUUAGUUGCAGCCAUAGUAGUGUUCGUUUUACACAAGCUUUUUCAGAGGAAAAAAGGUUCAUAUGACACCAGAGAAGACCUGAAGCCGGAGUUAUUACAGUUCCAAAAUCUUUAGGUUGCCUGCCUCACUCAGCAGAUCUGUACAUGGAACGGUCCCUAUCAGCUAAAGAACAUCUGCAACCCAGGGAGGACAAACUGCAGCGGCGCCUCUCUGAGGCGACGGCGUGGAAGGAAAACUCACUCUUAACAUUGUUGCACCUCAUCUGGUAGAUGAUCACAUCUGCUGAGUAGUAUCAUAAUUUAAAUGUAAAUAGUGAUCAAAAGCACUUUUUGUAAUGAUGUUUAUUUAAUUGACACAUUAUUUAACACAAAACUGUAAAAAUUUGUUGCCACUAUAGUAUUACAGUUUUGUACUUUGUUAUAAAGUGGAAUAAACACUUCUCUCUACGUGAUAUGAAUUACUGCUAAAUUUAUUUAAAAACUAUUUUAGUUUUAGUAAGACAGAACAAUGAAAACGGUGAUCCAGGAGCCUUACAAUGUGGAUAAUUCAGUUUGCAGAAGGGGAGAUACAAUCAGCUGCAUUCUUC